AAUAUUAACAAAUUAAACUUAUUAACAAAAUUAUUUUAUUAAUUUAUCAACGAAUCAUAAUAAAAUCUAAAUUUAACCAAACUGAAUAAAAACUUUAAACCCCAUAAAAGAAUGCAACUUCUAGCGACGACUGCAGGAUGUAACCUAACCCUACGAGAUAACAAAAAGAAUGUAAGAGAAAGACCACAAAACUGCAUGAAUUCAAAAGGUAUUAUUUUAAAACUGUAUGAAAAUCCUAACAAAAAAUUAUAAUAUAAUUAAUUUAAAAUAUUAAAAUUAAAAUAAUUAAAGAAUCCACUUUAUUCGAAUUUUAGGAAUCCUAAAAUUAACGAAUUAUAUUUUUGACAAAUCAUUUUCUACAUACUUUUUGAACAAUCGAAUUAUUCAGCAGUUAAAAUAACAUUGUAAAUUAAAAAGGAGAAUAAAUAAUAGAAUUGAGAUUUUAAACAAAGAAAUGAAAUUAUUCCAACGACACUAGAAGUUGCAGGUAACAUAAUCCUUAGAAGAUAUGAUAAGAAAUGAGUGCACGUGCACUCAAGUACGAAAUAAAGCUAUGACUAAUUUAAUAUUAUAAUAUAUUCAAAUCAUAUUAAAUACAGCGUAAAAAAAAUUCAAUUGUAAAAAACAUUUAUUUAUUAAAAAUCAAUGAAACCAAUUUAUGUUCUAAUAAAAAAUUAAUAAUUCAAAAUUUACAAAUUCUUCGAAUUUUUAUAGACAAAAUAAAAAUAUGUCUGUUUAAACUUUAUUGUUUUAAAUUUAUAAAUUGUAACUAAUAAUAACAACGAACUAUGUAUAAACAUUAAUUCGAAAACUUCUACACAAAGCGAAAAGAAAAUGCGAACAUCAGCAACCAAGUCGUGAGAGAAACGUAAAAAGGUAGGGGAAGUUCUCAAACUUAGAGACUGUACGCGGGCUGUGCAGCAGGCCCAACAGCCAGUUCCUUCUUGAUUCUCGAGUCGGUCACACAUAUUUAUUUUACUCGCCGGGCAUUCAAAAAAGUGUAAAAAUUUAAAACUUUCAAAUAAAUUGUGAAUUUAUUUCAUGUAUUAAUUGUUGUGUGUGUUAUUAUUAUUUAUUGAAGUGAACCCAACCUUAAAAAUAAAUAAGGAUAAUUUUGUUGAAUUUUUCGCAAUCAUAAAUUAAUCAGUGACAUUAAAUACAUCUUAAACAUUGACGAUUAAAACAAAAAUAAAAUUCUAAAGAAACCUAAAUUUAAAGUUUUGUGCAAAAUUUAUUAAUUUCAAAUCAAAAUUAGUGACGCAAACAUUGAACAUGUUCAGUUUCGUUUAAAGUAAACUUUGGUAAUAAACAAGAAAAAAGGGAUAUAAAAAAAAAAAUAUUCAAAAGAGGAUUAAAGAAGGCGUUUUUGGGAAUCUUCAGUCCGAUCAACGGCCGGAAUUUGGAUUAACCCUCGACUUAUCAUCUGGAAAGGACAUCAAAAAAGAAAAUGUUCUUCAUAUUCUUUGUACCUUUCAUUGUUUUACCUGUCAGUGGUCUUACCGGAUAUGAUUGCAGUUUUAAGAAAUCCCCGAACAUAACAACAAUCUCGCUACGUCAUGUUGGAGAUUGCAAUUUCGACAACCUCGUUCCCAAAUCUGAAAAACAUUAUAUAAAUUUGCUACAAAAGGGAGAAUAUGGAACAACAUUUACUCGACAGUGUAAAAUAAAGGUAACACGGAAAGGAUACUACUGCGGUAUGCACUCACACAUAGCAUUAACAAAUGAUGUUAAUAAAGUUUAUAUUUUAAAAGUUUCGCGCGAGGCAUGCGACGACAUGCAUCGAUUUGGCCAGUUUAAAUAUUAUGAAACAGUAAUCGAUAAUCUUGAAAUAAAUAAGACGAAUUUUAGAAAUAUAAAUUUAAAAGGGAUAGUCUUCGAAAAUUCAAAAUGUGAAGGUGAAUUGUUUGAAUCAAAACCAAACUUAGUCGUUCAAGCUGAUUUAGAAAUUUCUUUAUAUUCUUAUGAAGCUACUAUAAAAAUGAGUGAAGAUAUUAUAAUUUUGCAAUCAAAUACUCAAUGUGUUUUAUCAACACAACAUUGUAUUGAUCACGACAAUGCCUAUACCUAUUGGGAAAAACCAGAAAAUACCUUAUGCAAUUUUAAUUCCUAUGCGAUCCUCUUCCAAGGAUAUUCUUCCAAGACCCAAGAUACGAACCUCCCCACUAUAUAUUUUACAAACUCUACAGACAAUAUGAAAUUUGCUUUCACAGAUAUGGGAACAGAGACAAUUUGCGGAAUGACACUAAGAAAAAACCGAACAAUCUAA